AUGGCACAGGUUCCUCCAAACAAGCUGACCGAGCUGCGGUCGAUUGUCGAUGCCACUCCAGCGAACGAUAAGUACGCCUACAUCAAAACCAAGCUGAUCGCGUACUUUGCCGACAGCCAGCAGCGGCGUCUUCAACGUGUGCUGACCGAUAUGCCUCUGGGGGACCUCAAGCCAAGCCAGCUCUUCAACGAGAUGAAGCGCGUAGCUGGAAGCUCCCUCGGAGAAGCGGUGCUGCUCGAACUUUGGGCAACCAGAUUGCCUCCACAUGCCCAAGCAGCAGUGAUCGCAUCGAGAGGCGACGCGGCGGACAAAAUCACCAUCGCCGACGCCAUUGUAGAUUCGAUGGUUCUGCGAAAGAUCAACGCCCUGGACAGCAACGUGCAAAAUUCAGCGAUGGCGGCAACGAAACCCGCAGAAGUUGCAGCCAUUGAUCCAAUCCAGGAUCUGAAGCGGGAAAUCGCCGAGCUCUCGCGGCGGCUCGAAAAGAUGCUGCCUAUCCAGAAAAGUGUUCGUGGUCAUUCCCGUUCCCGUUCUCGUGGAGGUGAGAAGCGAAGUGCCAAUCGCGAGAGGGAUUCAUCGUCCGGCCCAUGCUGGUACCAUCGAACAUUCGGGAACGAUGCCCGAAGAUGCCGGAAGCCCUGCUCUACAAGCCAGCAGGCCUCAUCGAACCAGAAAUGA